AUGACGGUGCAGUUGCUGAACCUUUUCUCAGGGGAGCAGUUUUCUUUCCCUGCACAUCGAUGGCUGGCCUGGGAUCAGGCUGAUGGGGAAAUAUCUAUGGAGCUUCCUGUUUUACAGCGGGGUCAGCCUAUUCUGCCAGUGACUGUCUAUGAAGUGCGUGUGACAACAGGAGAACUGUGGAAUGCUGGAACCGAGGCUGAUGUCUAUAUUUCUGUCUAUGGAGAAAGGGGUGAUACAGGAUCAAGACAGCUGCGCAGGUCACAGAAAUCCAAGAAAUUUUUAAAAGGACAAACUGACACCUUUGCUGUUGAAGCUGUGCACCUUGGACAUCUGUACAAGAUUGUUAUAGGACACAAUGGUCUUGGAUCAGGAAACGGCUGGUUUCUGGACAAAGUUGUGAUCAAGGAUCCUAUAACAGAUUUGGAUUAUACUUUUCUUUGUCACAGGUGGCUGGACGAGGGGCAGGAUGAUGGCAAUAUUGCUAGAGAACUGACUGUGACAGAUGACAGCAUGUUUCCAGGAAGACAAGAACUGGAACUCAAGAGAGAAGAAACUUGGGCUGCCGAAAAGUGGAAAUUUCAGAAAGGCAAUACACUUCAGUUUUACAACAGGCUUAUCCGUGGCUUCGUUUGCCUCAGUCCAGAUAGCAGAGUCAAUGCUCUUGGCGACAAGAAAAGCAAAUACGGUAAAGUAUUUCUCGUAUGGAUGUAUGCAUAAAAGAUACAAGAAAGGAGGACU